AGAUGCACAGCAAUUUGGGACUCUCCAGGGAAUCCUCCUGCUUUGGUUGUGACCAUGGGGAAGAGAGUGGCUGUCGUGCUGGCUGGCUGUGGGGUGUAUGACGGGAGUGAGAUCCAUGAGUCUUCUGCUGUGAUGGUGCAUCUCAGCAGGGAGGGGGCACAGGCAGAGGUUUAUGCUCCUGAUGUUGAUCAGAUGCAUGUGGUGGACCAUGUAAAAGGACAGCCCACUCAGGAGAAGCGCAAUGUGCUAGUUGAAAGUGCCAGAAUAGCCAGAGGCAACAUCAAGGAUCUAGCUAAGCUGGAUGUCAAGGAGCUGGAUGCCCUAAUCAUACCAGGUGGCUUUGGAGUGGCUAAAAACCUGAGUACUUGGGCUACCCAAGGCAAGAACUGCAUCAUCUGCAAAGAGGUGGAGGAUGUCCUGAAGGCAUUCCACGCUGCCAAAAAGCCCAUUGGCCUGUGCUGCAUUUCCCCAGUGCUGGCAGCCAAAAUCUUCCCGGGCUGUGAGCUGACCGUGGGUCAUGACACAGAGUGUGAGAAGUGGCCUUACGCAAAGACUGCUGAGACCAUGAAGGAGCUUGGUUGCAAGCAUGUGAACAAACACGUCACUGAAACUCAUGUGGAUAUGAAGAACAAGCUGGUAACCACCAGCGCCUUCAUGUGCAAUGCCCCCAUUCAUGAGAUCUAUGACGGCAUUGGAAAAAUGGUCAAAGAAGUGGUCAGACUUGCCUGAAUGCACAAAGUCAUAGAAUCCAUCUCCUCUGGAGUGCAGGCAUUGAGCCUCAGAUAACCUUCUUCCCCUCUUACACCUAAAUUUAAACAGGCAAAUUGCUACCCAAACAGACUUCUCCCCCCCCAGCAGCCCACAGGUGGCUGCUGAGGAGGGACAACUUCAGAGCAGUGGAAGUGUUGGCGUGUUCUGCCAAGGAGACACAACUUACUGAGAGCAAACUGGCAGUAACUGGAGUGUGGGCACAAAAUGAGCUGGCAUGCAGAAGCCACAUUUCCAUGGGACUUUGUUUCCACUGUCUUUGGUUCUGAGUGGCUGAGGAAUUGCCUGGGUCAUGUCAGCCGUGACUGUGCUGACCUGACAUGUGCAUAUCAUGUGUCAACAGGAAUUGGUCCCUUUCUGAGAUUCCUUCCUUUCUGAGAUUCCUUACACAUCCAUCUUUGCCAGCACUUCAAAGCUCUCCACACACCUCCACCUCACAGAAGAGAUAAGUUAGUGGCAAAAGGAAGGAACAUGUUUCUGCUAUUGAAUAAAACCUGAUGCUUUUU